UUCCGGGAGGAUAAAACUGGUCCAUGACUGUCCCUCCCCUUUCACUUCAGACUGCAGUUUCUACCAGCUGGAAGCUCUCUCCUACCUGCCCCAGUGCCUGCCUGUGACCCAGAGAAGCCCAGCAUGGCCCGAGCCCUGCUCUUAACAGCCUGUGCUCUGUUCUGUCUCAUGGUUGUAGCUGAUGCUCUGAAGUGCCGGCUCUGCAGCUCUGUGCUCCCCGGGAUGCCCUGUAUGCCUCCUGAGAAGACCUGUGUGGCCCAAGCCUCUGGAGCCUGCCUCUCUGUCCUCACCCUCUCCGCAGACAACCAGGUGCAGCAGAAGAUAAUGGGCUGCACCCCGUCUAUCAAGAAGUGCGACCGGACCUGGGACCUCAGCAGUGGGCGCCGCAUGGAGUUCAAGUGCUGCACCACCCAUGACAACUGCAACGAGGGCGAGAGUGAGCUCACUGGCACCAGGGCUCAGUAGGGAGGCACUGGGCCCCCCUGCAUCUUCCACUUUCGCCCCACAGCCCCCCAGGACCAAUUACAGCAGAACCGCCCAACCGCUGCCUCCCUCUCUUUUUUCCAGAGGGACUUUUCUUGCAGGAAAGAAGGAUCCCUGCCCCCUGGGGGGCAUUCCCCCCCCCCACCCCCUAGGCCAGGGGUGGGCAAAAUACAGCCCGUGGGCCAGAUCCAGCCCUCAAGGCCAUUCUAUCCGGCCUGCAGGGCCCCUA